AUGCUCAGUCACAGGAUGACAGAAAAAAAAAAGUCACCACCAUAAAAGGAUGUCUGCAUAACCUCUCUUAAAACAACAUGCCACAGUUAACUUACUUCAGUUUGGACAAGUACUGACAGCUACUACACAGAGAUCCGAACGAGUCACUGAUAUACACCUUGACCACCACCAAUGGAUAUACAAAUGGCUAACAAUUUUACUAUGCCCUCUGCACCUCCUCAGGGAAAUGACUGUGACCUCUAUGCACAUCACAGCACAGCCAGGAUAGUAAUGCCUCUGCAUUACAGCCUCGUCUUCAUCAUUGGGCUCGUGGGAAACUUACUAGCCUUGGUUGUCAUUGUUCAAAACAGGAAAAAAAUCAACUCUACCACCCUCUAUUCAACAAAUUUGGUGAUUUCUGAUAUACUUUUUACCACCGCUUUGCCUACACGAAUAGCCUACUAUGCAAUGGGCUUUGACUGGAGAAUCGGAGAUGCCUUGUGUAGGAUAACUGCGCUAGUGUUUUACAUCAACACAUAUGCGGGUGUGAACUUUAUGACCUGCCUGAGUAUUGACCGCUUCAUUGCUGUGGUGCACCCUCUACGCUACAACAAGAUAAAAAGGAUUGAACAUGCAAAAGGUGUGUGCAUAUUUGUCUGGAUUCUAGUAUUUGCUCAGACACUCCCACUCCUCAUCAACCCUAUGUCAAAGCAGGAGGCUGAAAGGAUUACAUGCAUGGAGUAUCCAAACUUUGAAGAAACUAAAUCUCUUCCCUGGAUUCUGCUUGGGGCAUGUUUCAUAGGAUAUGUACUUCCACUUAUAAUCAUUCUCAUCUGCUAUUCUCAGAUCUGCUGCAAACUCUUUAGAACUGCCAAACAAAACCCACUCACUGAGAAAUCUGGUGUAAACAAAAAGGCUCUCAACACAAUUAUUCUUAUUAUUGUUGUGUUUGUUCUCUGUUUCACACCUUACCAUGUUGCAAUUAUUCAACAUAUGAUUAAGAAGCUUCGUUUCUCUAAUUUCCUGGAAUGUAGCCAAAGACAUUCGUUCCAGAUUUCUCUGCACUUUACAGUAUGCCUGAUGAACUUCAAUUGCUGCAUGGACCCUUUUAUCUACUUCUUUGCAUGUAAAGGGUACAAGAGAAAGGUUAUGAGGAUGCUGAAACGGCAAGUCAGUGUAUCGAUUUCUAGUGCUGUCAAGUCAGCCCCUGAAGAAAACUCACGUGAAAUGACAGAAACGCAGAUGAUGAUACAUUCCAAGUCUUCAAAUGGAAAAUGAAAUGGAUUGUAUUUUGGUUUACAGUGAAGUAAACUGUAUGACAAACUUUGCAGGACUUCUUAUAAAGCAAAAUAAUUGUUCAGCUUCCAAUGAGGAUUCUUUUACAUUUCUUUCACUGGGCACUUUCCCAUCUCCAACUUGGAAGUAACCCCAAGAGAAGAACAUAAAGCAAACAACAUAAAGUACAAUAAAAAUGAAAAUAAAUAUUUCAUUUUUAUUUGUAAACGAAUACACCAAAAGGAGGCACUCUUAACAACUCCCAAUGUAAAAAGUUUUGUUUUAAUAAAAAAUUAAUUAUUAAUAUUUCUUGCCAACAAAUGGCAAAAGAAAAAGGACUGAAUAGAUUAUAUAUUGCCAGAUGUUAAUACUGUAACAUACUUUUUAAAUAACAUAUUUCCUAAAUCCAAAUUUCUCUCAAUGUUAGAUUUAAUUCCCUCAAUAACAUCAGUGUUUUGUUUUGUUUUGUUCUGAGUCAUAAAACUUUGUUAAAGAACUCUUUUGGAAUAAAAAGCAGGAUGCUGCAAAGUUA